AUGAUAUGGACUACUGAAACUUCGUUCUCUGAACUUGCAAGCGAAGAACUUUAUGUAUUUUUUAAACCAACUAAAAGAAAUUGGAUUUUAUCUGGGUUAGCAACCAUCGGGUUGUUGAACCACAAACCAAUUGAUGGUUGUGGUCUGCUAGAUUCAAAUCAAUCAAAGUCAGUUCAAAACAGACUUUUAGAUAUAUUAAAUAACAUUACUAAAGACGUUUUACUAAAUGAGUGGAAAGAAUGUAAUGCAUGUGCAAUCGAGAUAGAGUUAAAAAGACUUCAGUAUUGUAAUUUUUUGGCUGAUAUGUGGCACCCUUUUCAUUGUGGAGAUUCAUUUCUGCAUAAAAACAAGAUUGUGGUACAAAACAGUUCUCUUUUAUCAACUUUGAAUGUGUUUUAUGAUGAAUAUAUAAUAACAUUUGAUUUAUAUUACAACAUUUCUACUUCUGAAAUAACCGUUUUGAUGUUAACUGAUAAACUAGGAGAAACUAUUAUUCAGUUUGAUUUUGCUGCGGAUUAUUUUAAAAUUACAUUUGGAAACAUCGAACAAUUUAAACGAAGCCAAAGUUUAUGGAGUACAAUCGAAUUUAAACAGCAUUUCAAUGGGAGCUAUUUUAACACCAUAAGUAUUAAUAAAACAGAUGUGUUUCUUAAUUAUAAUACCAAACCAAAACAUUUUUUUGAUAUUAAUGUUUGGAUUUACUAUCAGCAACACAAUUUCAUAUUGGAAAAUAUAUUUAUUGUUAGUAAAACACAAGAAUGGUCAGAAUGGAGUAUAUGUUCUGCAACUUGUGGAAAUGGCAUUAGAUUUAAAACAAGUUUAGGAAUCAUAACCAGUGAAACCAAAACAGAAAGUUGUCAUUUAAUAAAUUGCACAGAAUGGUUAACAUGGAGUGAAUGUUCUGUAACAUGUGGAAAUGGCUACAGAACUAAAAUUAAUUUAGGAGACAUUACAAAUGGUGAAAAUAAAACAGAAACUUGUAAUUUAUUAGAUUGUCCUGAAUGGUCAAUAUGGAGUGAAUGUUCUGCAACAUGUGGCAACGGCUACAAAACUAAAAUAGGUUUGGGAGCCAAAACCAAGGGUAAAACUGAAACAGAAAGUUGUAAACUUAUAAACUGUCCAGAAUGGUCAUUAUGGAGUGAAUGUUCUGCGACAUGUGGAAACGGCUACAGAACUAAACUUAGUUUGGGAGCUAUAACUAAGGUUGAAACUGAAACAGAAAGUUGUAAUUUAAUAAGUUGUCCAGAAUGGUCAACAUGGAGUGAAUGUUCUGCAACAUGUGGCAACGGCUACAGAACUAAAAUUAGUUUGGGAGCCAUAACGAAGGGUCAAUUUGAAACAGAAAGUUGUAAAUUAAUAAGCUGUCCAGUGGAUGGAAUGUGGAGUAACUGGAGCAAAUCUGAAUGUUCAACAUCGUGUGGUGGUGGUGGAAAAGUGUAUUUUAUAAGGAGUUGUGACAAUCCAAUACCUAAGAAUUUUGGUAGAGCUUGUUUUGGUGUCAGCAGCUACACUGACGACUGCCAAUAUGAUAUAACUUGUCCAGUAUAUGGUAUAUGGUCAGAAUGGUCUCUUUGGUCAUUAUGCAAUAAACCAUGUGAGGAUGGUGUUAUGUCAAGAUUUCGUAGAUGCUUCACACCAAAAUAUGGUGGUCAGACUUGUAAUGGAAGCAGUAUUCAAACAAUUGAAUGUCCAAAGCAAAUUUGCAAGAAAAUUGACUUGAACGUGAACAUUUAUUUUCCGGAUGAUUUAUAUAAACCAUACUACUCUAACCUAUAUCAUCCAGGUUCCUUAGAGUUAAAGAACAAUAUUGAAAAAGCGAUAGCCAACCUUUACAAAAAACUGAAAACGAAUGCAACUUUUAAUAUUGAUUUUAAUUUAUUAACAGACGGCGAUCCUUAAAUUUUGUUUCACCUGAAUCACAAUCAAUCACUCUAUAUCUUAGAAAAUGGUAUUGACUGGUUAAUGUCCUGAUAUGAUGAUUUCUUAAAGAUUUUGUUUCUUUGUGAAUACUUUUUAAUGUAGAAAAGUUGCUUUAUGCUUGUGUAUUUUAAAUUCUUCAUACAAAUAACAAAAUUCUAAAUUAAGUAAAGUAAUUCUACAAGUAUUGCCUCAAUACAAUAAGAAAACUUAUUUUAUUGUAAUACCACUAAAUUUUAAGAAUACCUGUCUACAAUAAAAACACUACAAUAAAAAUAGCUGGUCAUUAUAUAAAUACCUGACUAAGAUAUGAAUACCUGAUUACUAUAUAUAUAUAUAUAUAUAUACCUGACUACUAUAUGAAUACAUAAAACUAUAAUAAUUUUAUUUUAGGAAAUAAUACAACUUUAUUCAUACAAAACAAGGAUACGGUAUACAUGUUGUUUUGAGUAGCGUUUGUAACAUUUUUUUGUUUUUUUGUUUUUGCAGUAGAAGUAACAGAAAUACUACAAUUAAUAAAUUUUAAAUUAUGUGCUGUUUAUAUAAAAAAUUUCUCCAUGUUUAAUAUUUAAUUAUAAAAACUUGUAAUUAUAAAACAUGUUUACAAGACAAUCGUGCUAGCUCGGAUAACUGAUAUUUUUCUAAUCCAACGGGAUUCCACUUAGGUGAGAAAAUAUUUUCAAUUUAAUCACAAACAAGUGAGCCAGCCCCAAUCAAGGGUAGCUGGUUAGAUAAAUUAAAUAACACAAAAACUUUUAUCCAUUUGAAGACAUUGCCAAUCGUUUUUAAUGCAGCAAUCAAACAACAACAAAAAUUGUAAUUUAAAUUUAAAUUCCAAUCUAAAUAGUUGCUUUUUUAGUCUAUUAUUUUUUUAGUCACCUUUGUUAACCGGGAAAGUCCAACUUUUAUAAACAAUUUUUAAAUUAAUAUAUCGUUUUGUUAAAAAUGACAUCAUUACACUAACACAAUGUCAAACGUCAUUACAAUAACUACAACGCUACCGCUUCACUAAAACGUUAGUGUGGCAUCAUUUAAUUUUUUUUAUUUGACUUCAUAUAUAUAGAUGUUUGUUCUUUUAAUAAAACUCAAGCGUAUUUUGUUUUUUAAAAAUUAGACUACAUUUCUUUGCUUUUA